GCUUCCUGGCCACACGCGACGCGAGGAGACGGACGCUCUGCUGGCGGCACGCGAGGUGACGAGGCGGUGGUGAGAGGUGGCGGCGUGGCGGCACGAGGUGACAGCAUGGCAGCGUAGCACAUCUUCGACGGCCACCACCGCGACAGCGACUGCCGCCUUCUCGCCGGAACCACACGCUUUUCUACGAAGGCAGGAGAUCGAGUGGGAUCUGGGAUGUGAUGCAUGAGGAGGAGCAGAGAUCCCACCAGCACCAUUAAGAGUUGGGGAAGGUGAACCACCCCCUUCUUGGGAUCCGGUACCAACUCCAAUAGGAAAACAAAGAGCGGACUGGAACCCAACUCUUGAGAAAUCACUUGUUGAAAUUCUGCAUGAGUAUAAAGAUAGUGGCCAUAGAAGUGACAACGGUUAGAACACUGAAGGGUGGAACAAAAUGGUGAAGGAGUUCCAUCUGAGAAACAAGUCUAUCUCGUACACAAAGGCACAAAUUCAAGAUAAAGAAUGUCAGCUUAAGAGAGACUACAAGAUGCUCAAAGCGGCAAGAAUGCAAAGUGGGUCAAAAUGGAAUGAACAAAGAAAUAUGGUUGAAGGAUCAGCAGCAAUGUGGGAGAACCUCAUGGUGACUUUCCCCAAAAUCAAGAAGUUUCAAAACAACAAGGCAAGCUUUCCGCUCUUUGAUGCUUUGGGAGAACUCUAUGAUGGUCAUCUGGCUGAAGGGACAUACAAUUUCACUUCUAUUGAGUCACAACGUGUGCAAGAGCCCCUUCAACAAAUUGAUGUUGUAGAGGAAGAAGCCCUACAGGAAAUUGAGAUACAUGAUGAAGAGGAUGAAGAAAAGGAUGCAAGAGAUGAAGAAGAGGCAAGAAGUGGAGAACAAAGAAUGGUUGCAUCAAGAAAGAAACCAGAAAAGGAAGGACAAAGACCUAGGAAGAGUGCAAACAUUGAAGCCAUGAUGGAAAGAUUCCUUGAAAUGAGGACAAAGCAAGCAAAAAAUGAAGCUAAACAGCUAGCAAGAGAAAAUGAGACAAGAGAACAGGAAGCAAGAGAUAAGGAGGCUGCUAAAGGUGAUGAAUACUCCAUCAAAAGGUGCAUAUCGAUUAUCAACAUAAUGGAAGUGACCAAACAGGAAAAGGCCAAAGCUUAUGCAAUCUUCGCCAAGAGCAAAGAAAACAGAGAGACUUUUAUUUGUGCCAGCGAAGAAGAUGAAGAAUCCGCUUUGAUUUGGCUUAGGAAUGAGAUGACAUAGCAGGCUAUACCAGCUUCAAGAUGGCAGAAGAUAUUGACGAUGAUGAGGAUCAGUACUAUGAAGGCACUGCAUGAAGUAAAACUCUUUUCAGGAAUCGAAGAAAGAUGGUGCUUGGUUGAGCAAGGUUCUUUAGUACAAGUUAUUCUGAAAGAAUUGAGAUAUUGAGUUCACCUAGUGGACGUACUGAAAAUAGCUAUCAGUUCUAGUUCAUCUAUGUAAUAUAUCCAGAAUUGUUUGAUUGAUCUGACUAUCCAGAAUUGUAAUGUUAAAUCUUCAACAUGGUUCUAUGCGAUCAUAAUGUAUUUUUCUUUUAAAUGGACAAGUAAACUUAAA